GGAAUCUGCGGGCGUCGGCGUUGACGUCGCCGCUAGCUUUACUCUCCCGCGGCGGCGUCGAGCGUAGGCCGGAGCAAGAUGGCGUCCCCGCGCAGGCAAUAUGGGCUCAUUUUGCCAAAGAAAGCACAGCAGUUGCAGAAACCUGUUUUGCAGAAGCCGUCGGUGUUUGACAGUGACUCUGAGGAGGAGACCUCCGUGAGUGACAGCCUUCAGAGAGAAGCCUUCAAGAAGCAAGUGAUGAAGCAGACCAAACUUGAAAUCCAGAAGGCCCUAGCAGAAGAUGCCACUGUGUAUGAAUAUGACAGUAUUUAUGAUGAAAUGCAGCGGAAGAAGGAAGAAAGUAAUCCUAAAUUGCUUUUAGUAAAAGACAGACAGCCAAAGUACAUCCACAGUCUAUUAAAAGCAGUUGAGAUACGAAAAAAGGAGCAAGAGAAAAGAAUGGAAAAGAAAAUUCAGAGAGAACGAGAAAUGGAAAAGGGAGAAUUUGAUGAUAAAGAGGCAUUUGUGACAUCUGCUUACAAGAAGAAACUUCAGGAGAGAGCUGAGGAAGCAGAGAGAGAGAGGAGAGCCGCUGCCCUGGAGGCUCGUCUGGAUGUAACCAAGCAGAAAGAUCUCAGUGGAUUUUAUAGGCACCUUUUAAAUCAAACAGUUGGAGAAGAAGAAGUGCCUGAAUGCAGCCUUCGGGAAACCAGCUCUAGGAUAAAAGAGGAGAGGCCGCGGGGUUAUUCUGAUGAAAUAAAUCCAGAUAACGGAGUCCCAGAUGAUAGAGACGCACCCAAAACCAGAGUAAAAGAAGAGCAAAACCCUGAUGCAGACAGUGAUCUUGAUGUGGACAGCAGUGAAGAAGAUGAUAAAAUGGUGGACAAGAAUCAUUCGAGCUGCAGGAGCAAUAGGAGCCAUGCCCACUCCAGCUCCUCCGGGGAGGACAGAGGGUACCAUGACAGGAGCCACACCAAGAGCUCCAGAAUAGGAGGUAGUGACCGAGGGGUUAGGGACAGAGUUGACCAGCAUCAGGACCAUAGCUGUGAAAGCCACAUCAGGGAGCAGGACAAACGGCCCAUUGACAGUGGUCGCCAGAAAGAAAAACCAAAUCAGCACAGGUCCAGGGAGGACAGCAGUAAAGACUACAUCCGGAGAAGGCAUGAACAGGAAGAUAGAGAGAGAGGAAAAGAGAGGAGAGAGAGGAGGAAGACAGAGGACCGAGAGCGGAGACGGGAGGAAGAGUGGGAGAAGCAGUACUCCAGGGAGCGAGAAAGAGCCAGGAGGAGAAAUAGUGAUGACCAGCGUGAUGAGGAGGAGAGGGAGGCAAGAGAGGGAGGCAGAGGCCAUGCCGAGAGAAAGAAAGACAGGCGUGAGAAAUGCAGAGACAGGGAGCUGAGCAUCACACCUUCAGAGAGGGCUCAGGAGAGGGAGGGGCAGAGCUCAGGUUCUGGGGCACAGGACAGGCUGUGUGUGGAGGAAGGCUCCAGCAAGGGGGAAGACACCUCCAGCCCCGAAAGAACACAGGGCUCAAAGCACCAGCAGGAGGAGGAAGGAGAGGAGAAGCCAACUGAGACUUUGAGCAAGUUUGCAAAGCGCAGCAACAAAGAAACCGUGAUGUCAGCGAGAGACCGGUACCUGGCCAGGCAGAUGGCUCGGUGUGGUGCCAAAACCUACAUUGAGAAAGAAGAGGACUGAGGGUCACCCAGCAAGGGCUGAGAAUGUGUGGAAAACAGCAGUGGCUGAACUGGCCAGAGGAGAGCAGAGGCGGAAUGAUUUCUUUUUUUUACAUUUGUUGGGGGAAGGGGUACAGCAGCUUAUACAUGUUUUCAGCACACUGUAAUUUAAUGUAAAUAAAAAUGUCCUUGAUUUAAGUUAAAAUGAA